AUUUUAGGUGAAUUGUUAGUUGAGUGUUUGGAAUUUCGCAAGUUAAAUCUUUUGUUUGGAUAAUGAGCUUUUCUGUUUAUUUCUUAGGUCCUGUCAACAAUAUUUUUAUUGUUUGGCAACCGCUCUUUGGAAUUAGUCAGAAAGUAAUCAGUGCUUAAUCUCCCCUAUCUGGAAAGCCUGCAUCCUUACUACCUCCACCAUUGGACAAAUAUCUCAAUUCAUCAGAUGAUGUUAAUGAACCAAGGCCUGUAAUUGCACCUCAGCCUUAUUGCGAUGAACCUCUAGAUGCUCCAUACCAUAGCUUUCAUGUGAUGAAGAAUCAAAUCCAUGAGCUUCAGCAACAGGGUUCUUCUGCGGCCAGUGAAAUGGAGUUGGAGAAGUUGAAGCUUGACUGCAAAAGAUCACUAGAAAUGGUCCAAAAAUGGAAGAAAAUGUAUGAAGACCUACAUCACUACUGUGUGGAUGAACUUCUGGAUGGUGGUCAAACAGAAUGCCUGUUGGAAAUUCCACCUGAUAACAACUGGGCACUAGAAGUCAAGAAAUCAAUCCAGUUUUCUAGGUGAGUCGAUUUUAUUCUUUCCUGGUCACUUACCAGUCCAGUUCAUUACAAGCGAAAAGUCAUGCUGGAGACUGGGAGAAACUCUAGAGUUAUAUUUUCGAAGCAAAGAAAGGGGACCUAUUGUCUCCUCUCCACUACAAAAAUCUCUUACUGUUGCAGUUAAAGAAACCAAAAGGAAAACCAGGAUGGAGCUAUGUUGAUUCUGUAGGCUUGGCAAGCUACACAAUCAGAGUGGAGUAGCCUCCUUUCGAAAAGGCAAGUCCACACUGUCUACUUAUAACAAUGGCCAAAGGUCCUUUCUCUGUAAUGAGCAUCUGCAGUUGGGGUAUUUAUCACAGGAAACCCACUAAUUCAUUAUUUGCAGCCACUGCAUUGAUUGUCUCUCAUUUUUUCAUGCAGAACAUUGAUCAUUUGUACUCAUGUUUCUUAUCUUAAGACUGUUCUGGGGGAUUUUUUAGCAUCAAGAGGUCCUACUGGAUUGAGGGUGCUGUACCAUUUAAUCACUACGAUUCCUACCUCUGCCACAGAUAUCUUUUACCCUGUCACAGAGAACUUUUCAUCUAUACUCAAUUGUUUGAUUUGGAUUCAAUAUGCCUUGAGCACUCCUUUGGCCUGUCCAAUGGCAGCCAGGAGCAUAAUGGUAACUACAAUUUCCAUGACCAAACUUCAACCCCAUCUGCCAAAAGUUAAAAUAUUAUCACUUGAGAGUUGAGACCCUUUGGUAGGCCUGGCACCUGUAGUACAGUUCUUGGGAAAAUGUUGGCGACCUGUGCUUCUUUCUCCAUAUUUCCUCCUUACAUGGUCUCUAUUCCUGUAUGAUUAAUUAAUAUUCCAAAUGUCCAUUGCUAUUGCUUGAUGAUUUAGAGAAAUCUGUGGUUGAACUGAACUUCCCAUGCAUAUUAGUUCCUCAGCUUUGUAUGUUUAUAUUUUCUUGUAGACUUGUCUUGAGUGAUUAGUUUCCUCAUUGCUACUCCUAUCAUGAUUGAAAAGGCCACCAGCUCACCCUAGUUUUUGUGUACAAAAGUGCAUCACGGAGCCCACUUCUCUAAUUUGGCAAGUGGGAAUCAUUUCCAGCAUAUGAGCUAAUGAGCAUUUGAGCUUCCUAUUUUCCUUA